AGGUAUACAACAUUAAUUAACACAAAAAGAAAAAGAUGUAUGAUGAGAGAGAAAGAGAGUGUCACCGUCUGUUAAGAGGAGGUGAGAGAGAUGAAGAUUACAAAAGUGGAAGCUUAUGUUCAUCAGAAAUGGAGAGUUUGAGCAGCCUAUGUGAGGUGAUCCUUCAACCACUCCCUUUGAAUUCUCUUGAUCAUGCUCACCAUGGCAACAAGAAGAAGGAAGAAUCAAUCCACUUAUUCUCCACUCUUUCUGGUUCCCAACACUCGGUUCCAAAAAAGGUGGCUAAUCUUAUUGUCAAAAGAGGUUUUUUUGAAGCAGUGAUGGUGGUGAGAUUGGUUUUAAAACUUCUUUCCACCAGGCUUGGAACCCUUUUUGUUGCUGGUUCUCUUUGCCUGUCUCAUCAAUGGCCAUACAUAAACAAAUUCUCAGAAAUCCCUUUGCAUAAAAGGGAAAAGAUUGUGCAGAAAUGGUUCAAACAUAGCUUCCUAACCCCAAUCAGACUUGGAUUUGUGUUCAUCAAAAGUCUCUGUCUUUUUGUCUUCUUUUCUCAGGCUGAUGAAAAAUCAAACAAUCCUUCAUGGGAAGCCAUCGGCUACCACGUAGACAUUAACAAAGACCUUCCCAACGAUCAAAAGGAGCGUCCUUUACAAAAAGGAAUGGUGGAAACCAUGGACGAAACAGAUGAUUCACUUGUGACCUCCCUCAUGCAAAAAGGCUUAGACGUGACGGAAAACUUUAAAGAAAACAUCUGCACAGUAAAAUGCGAUGUGGUAAUCGUGGGCUCUGGUUGCGGUGGUGGUGUUGCAGCCGCGGUACUCGCGCAAUCAGGCAAGAAAGUGGUGGUUCUCGAAAAAGGGAACUAUUUUAACCGAACCGAUUAUUCGAAACUCGAAGGCCCGUCUCUAGAUCAACUGUAUGAAGCUGGAAGUAUACUUCCAACACUUGAUGGGAAAGUAAUGAUCCAAGCGGCUUCCACGGUUGGCGGGGGCUCAGCCGUCAAUUGGUCAGCUUGCAUCAAGACACCACUUUCUGUUCUAAAAGAAUGGGCCGAAGAACACAACAUUAAGUUGUACGGAACCCAUGAGUACACUCUUGCAAUGGACAAGGUAUGUGAAAGAAUUGGUGUGAUUGAAAAGUGUAAAAGUGAAAGCUUCAAAAAUCAAGUUCUCCGAAAAGGGUGUGAAUAUCUUGGUCUAAAAGUGGAGGAUGUCCCACAAAACACAUCCGAAAAUCAUGACUGUGGUUCGUGUUGUUUCGGGUGCAGAUCCGGAGACAAAAAAGGAACAGAUUCGACUUGGUUGGUUGACGCAGUGGAUAACGGAGCAGUGAUCAUAACCGGAUGUAAAGCUGACAAGUUUUUAUUACUAAAAAAUCAUCAAGGUAAAAGAAGAAAGAAAUGUGUAGGGGUGAUUUCACAAGUUUUAAACCAAAAGAUCACCAAAAGAUUGCAAAUCGAAGCAAAAGUGACAAUUUCUGCAUGUGGGGCGUUGAUGACACCACCCUUGAUGAUAUAUAGUGGGCUAAAAAACCCUAAUAUCGGCAAGAAUCUUCACCUUCAUCCUGUUCUAAUGGCAUGGGGAUACUUUCCAGACAAUGAUCUGAAUCUGUCAGGUAAAAGCUUCGAAGGUGGGAUCUUGACGUCCAUUCAUAAAUCAGGGUUUGAUGACAAUUACAUUCUGGAAGUCCCUGCACUUGCACCAGGUACUUUUGCUGCAUUAUGUCCAUGGGAAUCUGGUAAAGAUCUAAAGGAAAGAAUGCUGAAAUACCCAAGAACAGCUCAUGUGUUUUCAUUGGUUAGAGAUUGUGGGUCUGGUGAAGUAAAAUCUGCAGGAAGGAUAAACUAUAGUUUGCAUAAAUCCGAUAAAAAACACAUCAAGAACGGGUUGAAACAGGCGAUAAAGGUUUUAAUCGCGGCUGGAGCGGUUGAAGUGGGAACUCAAAGGUCUGAUGGUCAGAGAUUUAUAUGUAAAGGAACUAGUGAUGAAGAUAUAGAGAAGUUUUUGGAGAUGGUAGAUGCCGGAGAUGGGCCAUUGUCAAUGGUGAAAGAUUGGAGUAUUUAUACUUCUGCUCAUCAAAUGGGGAGUUGCCGAAUGGGAGAAAGUGAAAAGGAAGGUGCAGUUGAUGAACAUGGUGAGAGUUGGGAGGCUGAGGGGCUUUAUGUUUGUGAUGCUAGCAUCUUUCCAUCCGCGGUUGGUGUUAAUCCGAUGAUUACGAUCCAGUCGACUGCUUAUUGUCUUGCACAAGGAAUUGCAAACAAUUUUAGAUGAAUUGUUUUGAAAUUAAUUCAAAUAAUUGAUAACCAUUGCCAUGUUGCGUUAGUCAAUAGAGUUUUGUUGUGUUAAGUCAGUUCCAUUGUAAUAUGAGCGAUUUGUUUUAUAUAUGUUUCUUGUUUUAGUUUAUUUUUCCGACUGUAA